UGUUGUUAAGAAGUCCGUGAGAACCGGCCUGGGAGGGAGGACGGUGGCAAGAUGGUCUUGGAAAGCACUAUGGUUUGCGUGGACAACAGCGAAUAUAUGCGGAAUGGGGACUUCUUACCCACCCGGCUGCAGGCACAACAGGACGCUGUCAACAUAGUAUGUCACUCCAAGACGCGCAGCAACCCUGAGAACAACGUGGGCCUCAUCACACUGGCCAAUGACUGUGAAGUGCUGACCACGCUCACCCCUGACACCGGCCGCAUCCUGUCCAAGCUUCACACUGUUCAACCCAAGGGCAAGAUCACCUUCUGCACUGGCAUCCGCGUGGCCCACUUGGCUCUGAAGCACCGACAGGGCAAGAAUCACAAGAUGCGCAUCAUUGCCUUUGUGGGGAGCCCUGUGGAGGACAAUGAGAAGGAUCUGGUGAAACUGGCAAAACGCCUCAAGAAGGAGAAAGUAAAUGUUGACAUUAUCAAUUUUGGGGAAGAGGAGGUGAACACGGAAAAGCUGACAGCCUUUGUAAACACCCUGAAUGGCAAAGAUGGAACCGGUUCUCAUCUGGUGACAGUGCCUCCUGGACCCAGCCUGGCUGAUGCCCUCAUCAGCUCUCCAAUUCUGGCUGGCGAAGGCGGUGCCAUGCUGGGUCUCGGUGCCAGUGACUUUGAAUUUGGAGUAGAUCCCAGUGCUGAUCCUGAGCUGGCCCUGGCCCUUCGCGUUUCUAUGGAAGAGCAGCGGCAGCGGCAGGAGGAGGAGGCGCGGCGGGCAGCUGCAGCCUCAGCUGCCGAGGCUGGCAUUGCUGCGACUGGGACUGAAGGUGAAAGAGACUCCGACGACGCCCUGCUGAAGAUGACCAUCAGCCAGCAGGAGUUCAGCCGCACUGGGCUCCCUGACCUAAGCAGUAUGACCGAGGAGGAGCAGAUUGCUUAUGCCAUGCAGAUGUCCCUGCAAGGUGCAGAGUUUGGCCAGGCAGAAUCAGCUGACAUUGAUGCCAGUUCAGCCAUGGACACAUCUGAGCCCGCCAAGGAGGAGGAUGAUUAUGACGUGAUGCAGGACCCCGAAUUCCUUCAGAGUGUGCUGGAGAACCUUCCAGGUGUGGAUCCCAACAAUGAGGCCAUUCGAAAUGCCAUGGGCUCCCUGGCCUCGCAGGCCACCAAGGACGGCAAGAAGGAAAAGAAAGAGGAGGACAAGAAAUGAGACUGGAGGGAAAGGGGAGCUGAGCUGAGCCUACUCAGGGGCUGCACAGGGUGGGGUGGGAUAUAGGGCUAGAUAUGAUAUCUGUAACCAUUACAGCCUAAAUAAAGCGUCGCAGUUUUUUUCUUCAA